UUGUUGAUCGUAACGGAGCGGCGGAGUUCAGAGCUGCGGAUGCAGCAGGUGAGAACUUAAGAACAGAAAGGCGGCGCUGUCAUCUCGAUCACCGACAUCCCUCCACUUUCUGUUCUUUUUCCUCGAGAUUAUUUUCUGGAUUCCAUUUUUGUUUCGUGGAGACUUUUUAGUUAGGAGUUUUUUUUUUUAGCUGUGUAUGCGCGCGCCUCCGCAAAAGCUCGAGUCCGCGGGAUCCAGACAUGGCUGAAGCCCGGCCACCACAGGGUCUACCUGAUGACAUUGACCCGGACUUUGAGCCCCUGUCCCGCCCGCGGUCUUGCACCUGGCCUUUGCCCCGGCCCGAGCUGGUUGACCCCGCCAGCUCCACCACGUCCUCCCCAGCGCCGUCUGUGCAGCAGGAACCGGGAGGAGUGGAGUUCAUCAGCGGGCUCGGUUUGUUGAAGGAGGACUAUGAGGAGUACGCAGAGGAGAAACAGCACUGCGGGGUCAUUCAGUGUCAGGACGGGAACUGCGUGCAGCUCCAUCACCUGCAGCAGCAGGUCCCGCAGCUGCCGCCUCAGCAACAGGUGCCCCCUUCAGGGGUCCAGAGAAAAGUCAGCUCAUCCCGGCGCAACGCCUGGGGGAACAUGUCGUACGCUGACCUCAUCACCAAAGCGAUCGAGAGCUCACCUGAGAAGAGGCUAACGCUGUCGCAGAUCUACGACUGGAUGGUGAAGAGUGUGCCUUACUUCAAGGAUAAAGGGGACAGCAACAGCUCCGCCGGUUGGAAAAACUCCAUCAGACACAAUCUGUCUUUGCAUAGCCGCUUUGUGCGUCUCCAGAAUGAGGGGACUGGAAAAAGCUCCUGGUGGAUGCUGAACCCAGAGGGGGGAAAGAAUGGAAAGUCUCCUCGGCGCAGAGCAGUCUCUAUGGACAACAACAAUAAAUUUGUGAAGUUCAGAGGAAGAGCAGCAAAGAAAAAAAUAUCUCUACAGGAAGGAGUCGAGGGAGGAGCAGGCAGCCCUGUCUCCCAGUAUUCUAGCUGGCUGGGAAGCCCAAACUCCCACAGUAACGAUGACUUAGAAGCCUGGAGCUCAUUCCGAACGCGCACAAGCUCAGACGCCAGCACUGUGAGCGGCCACUGUUCACCCUUCACCUCGGAGCACGAUGACCUGGUGGAGUCCGAUGGCCACAUGAUGUAUCCUGGAGCAACAGGGGCCAAGAUAACCUUACCCAGCCUCUCUGAGAGGUCUGGGUCCAUGAGCCAUGGUGCCUCUGAACAUGUCAUGGAGAAUUUGCUGGAUAACCUGAACCUCCUGUCUCCUAAAGCCCACCAGCUGAGCUCAGAGUCCUCACAUUCCUCAAACCCUGCCAUGCUUAAGAGCACUUCCUAUAGCCCAACUGCAUUGACCCCAGAAUACCAUGAGUGCAUGUAUGGCCAGGUCAGGAUGAACUCUCUGUCCCCUGCUCCCAUGCAGACACUUCCAGAGACCAAGCCAGGAUUUGGAGCUUAUGAGAAUCAGUACAUCUGUCCAGCAGGUCUCCUCAAAGAGCUGCUAACAGCAGAUCCAGAUCCCAGCAGGGACACAAUGUCAUCAAAGGGGUCAGAAAUAUCAAGGGGAAGUUGUAGAAUUCCCACAUUCACCAGUCAGAGCCAUUUGGGGUGUCCUACCGGCAUAAAAACUGUUACCCCCCUUCAGGGUCACCCAGCUCUUCGCGUAAAUCCACAAGCUUUACGUGACCACAGCUCUGCAGCUCCCAGAGACUUGAAUGGCUGUAACAUGAUUCCAACAGCCAGUCUUUGUUUUUCAGCUGCCCCCCCACAAUUGACCAGGGUGAGAACAGGUAUGCAACUGCCCCAUGGACACCCAGCACACACUAAUGAUUUCUCUGCAAGCUACAGCAACAGCUAUCGAGAUCUACAUCCUGUUCACCAGCGGGGUCAUCAUCAGGAGCGCCUACCCAGUGACCUGGACAGCGUGUCCAUUGAGAGGCUGGAAUGUGACCUGGAGUCUGUCCUCCACGACACUCUGAUGGACGGAGGCGCGCUGGACUUUAACUUUGACCCUGUGGCCGGAACCCAUGUGUUUCCCGAGAGGGUGAAAACAACCACACACAGUUGGGUAUCAGGUUAGGAAGCCUGCUACUCCAGAGACAGGUUUGGCCCGACGUUGCUUCCCGUCAUUUAAAGAAAGGAAACUACAUGAACUGCCACCAUCGUGUUCUAUGAGGGGCUUGACACAAAGUUAUGUGCCAGCAAAAAAACAGAAUCCUUAGAAUCCUAGAAGAAGUUUUUUGUUGACUUUGGGGAAAUAUUGCAUCUCAGAAUAAUGUGUGUUGGACACGGAAGAGCCAAAUGUGUGAUUGUAACUGGAUUGUAACUAGGACCUAUGUAGGAACCAAGACCGUGUUUGCAAGUUUGAAUUGAAAAUAAUAAACCAAAGUUUUUGAGGUAGGACUUGCUAGUGUGCUCUAGCAUUGCCAUGUCUAUUAGAUGAGGAACAAUUUUAGCUUUUAACAUUGACAUUUUAAUUUAUACAUCAGGUAAUUGCAUGUAGUUAGAGCACGGCUAUUUACUUAGAUGUUCACAUCUAUACCUCAUACUGUAGUGCUACAGUAUGAGGCUGUUCUGGCUCAGCAGGACUAGUGUUCCCAACAUGUCAAAGAACCAGACGCAUUCUUUACAAUAAUUUGUCAAAUGGGCUCAUUAUUGACAGCGAUGCAUUUGUGAGGCGGUCCAGAACUGCUGCUCUAAAGGUAGAUGUGGAGUUUCUUUGACUGUGCUGCAGCGGCUGCACCACAUCAAAUUACAGAAUUGAGCAGACAGAAAGUCAAGGUAGAUAAACAGCUGUUUUAAAAAAAUAAAUACACAUGACCCUCACCUAAAAGUGUGAUCUCAUGAGUCCUACUGAAGGGAGGACAAAAAUCUGGGCCUGUAAACUGUUGAAGGCAAUUUGAUAUUUAAAAAAAAUGAAAUUUAGGCAAUCGGAAAUACGUAUAUGUAGGGGGAAAAAACGGAGAAACCUAAACCUAAUUGUACAUCACUAAUCAUUAUAAAACCUUCCAAAGUCCCACUCCAAUCAUCUUUUGAUCUAUUUUAAAAGCGUUUUUACUUAUGAUUCAAUUGUUUUUAGGCAAAAUUAAAAGGCCUGUGUUUUCAAGUUUCUGCAGAGCGGCAGUAGUUCACCAGAAAUUCACCUCUGCGUUGUGGCGUGUAAACUCCAUUUCCAUCAUCCAUUUGUUUACACACUCUCCCUCUAGCUUACAGGCUCUCAAACCCUCAAUCUAACAUUAUUAACAAAAAUGCAGAGCAAUAUCGGAGCUAUCCAAAUGCUAGCUCGGACAGGGAAAACAAAGACGUUCAUGGAUCUAUAAGUAGAUGCAAAAGAAUAGAGCAUAUCAGGGAGCUUGUAGCUUGCCGUAGUAGCUCCCACGUCACACCUACAGGCUUUUUUUUUCGUCCACACCUAAUUCACAACAAUUUGAAUAAAGAAAUACUCAGAAAUGUGCUUUUAAACUUAAUUAUCUUUGUAAAUGUUCAUCAUCAGAAAAAAGCCAGAAGAGAAUUGAUUUUAAAAACACAAUUUUCAUUGCUUUUCAUUGGAUUGGGUCUUUAAUGUCAGGACACAGCCUUAAACUCUACGGUUCUGCAUGACAACUGGCAGCUUUGGUUCAUAUUUUGCUCUCCAAGGCUUCUGUUUCCAGCCGGAGGUCAGUUUUUCAAUAUGUUAAGAUUGAUUUCAGAGUUUUUGGAGAGGAGCAAGGACUUGCAGGAGCUUCAGUAGAAGACUGAGGCCUGAGUCCAACUAUUGGAUCUGCUGGUUGGAAAAACACCAAAUCAGACAAACAAGACAUAUCUGGUUAACAUUAGCCAAACUUUCUGUAUAACAAGUUUAGAUAUGACAUUUUCAAAAAGUAUGCUUUUGUAUAGAAAAUCCUCAGCCUAAGUCACCAUUACCAUUUUCCAUGAAGAUAUUUAUUCAUAUUUUAUUUCUAUUGUUGAUAUUUUUUAAGAAACAAGUGUGUAUGUUGUCUAGAAAAUAUGAAAUGUAUUGACGUAACUGUCAUGUUUCCUUUAUUUUAUAUUCAUUCUAAAGAAGGACAUUAUGGGACCUUUAGAAAGGCUGCCUUUUAAAGACCUCUUACUAUGAUUAUUGCCUUUUCAUGCAGUAAAUGAGAAAUGUUUUUUUUUUUUUUAAUGCUCCUGUAUGUAAUCAUCUUUUUGAUCAAUUUAAGUGGAUAAUGUAUCAUCUGUAAAUGUCUGUAAAAUCUUUGCUGCUGUUUGUCUUAUUGUUUUUGUGGAAGACAGGAAGAUUUUGUUUUUUAUGAAAAACAAAAGAACAAGAAUUAAUGUAGGGAUUUUAAAGUGAUAAAAAUAGUUGAUAAUAUUGAGCAAACACAGUAAAUAGGUUUGCUUGUGACCAGGCAAUUACAGCGGUUGUACACAAAGGACUUACUGUUUUCACUCCGAACAUAAAGCAGCAGCUAUUUUUUUGUGCCUGAGACAUAUAUUGUUGUACAGACUGUCAUUUUCUUUGCCAUAUGUAGUUCGUACAUGACUUUUAGACUACUUGUUCUUGUACUGGUGUGUAAUUAUCCUGACAGACAUGGUUGUUUACAUAUUUCCUUUCUAAUUGUAAGUGCAGAUAUGAGUUCUCGUACCUCAAAAUAUUUUACCUCUGAAGUGCUGUAGGGAUUUUUUUUUAUUUGCCAUACAUUUUCUCUGAGUCAUUAAGCACAUUUUUUUUCCUGAUUUUAUACAAACAAAAAUGUACACAUUUGUUUUUAUAUAAAAUAAACAGAAAAAGGCUUCAUCCGCCAGAACUGUUAUACUUGAAGGAGCUCAGAAAGAAAAAGAAAAAUAUAUAUACAUAUAUUUAAAUAUGUAUUUUUAAGAAUGAUGAUUAAUAAAAUCAGAAAUUAAAAAAAAUUGUUUGGUAGAAAAAUUGUAAAGACAGCAGAGCCAGAAUAAUUGCGGAAAAGGGAGGCUUUAAACAUGACGCAGAUAAUCUAUUUUGAUGAUUUUGUUUUUAUUUGAAAGUAAAAUGCAGAAUUUCUCAAUUAUAUUUACAUAUUCAUAUUACUGAAGAGAAAAAGAUGCAGGUUUUGAAUACAUCAUCAACUUCGCAGUUAAAUAAAGAAAAUUAAUAAAAGCAAAA